AUGUCUUUCAAUCCCGAAAUCACAGACCUCUCGGGCAAAGUCAUCCUCAUCACCGGCGGAACAGCAGGUCUCGGCGCCGGUUCCAUCGCAGAACUCGCCAAACUCUCCCCAGCACACAUCUUCUUCAGUGGCCGCAACCAAUCCAAAGCAGAUGCUCUCAUCCAGAAGAUCGAAAAGGCCUCCCCCAAUGUCAAAAUCACCUUCAUCAAAGCCGACAUUUCCUCCCUCGAAUCCGUCCAACAAGCCGCUGAAACCUUCCUGUCCCAAACGGACCGUCUGGAUAUCCUCAUGCUGAACGCGGGUAUCAUGGCCGUCGCACCGGGCGUUUCCAAAGACGGAUAUGAGAUUCAAUUCGCGACGAAUCAUCUGGGCCAUGCUCUACUGGUGAAGAAACUCCUACCGACAUUGCUAGAGACGGCCAAACAUUCCGACGUACGAGUGAUCAACAUGACUUCGCUCGCAUACGCCCAGGCCCCGAAGGAGGGAGUCGAUUUCGACACCCUCCAAUCUCCUCAAGCCAGCCUCGGCGGCCUCAUCCCGGGACCCCGCUGGUCUCGCUACGGACAAUCGAAGCUCACACAGCUGCUGUACAGCCAACAACUCGCUCUCCACCACCCUUCCAUCACUUCCGUCUCCAUCCACCCGGGCAUCAUCAUGACGGGAUUGUUCGAUGAUCUUCCCUUCCUGACGGUGCUGCCGGUCCUGCUGAUGAGUCUGGGCAAGAAGACGCCCGUGGAGCAGGGACAUUGGAACCAGUGUUGGGCCGCCACGGCGCAGAAGGGCAACCUGACGAACGGAGGGUAUUAUGAGCCGACGGGAGUUCUGACACAGCCGUCCACGAAGCCAGGAAACGAUCAGAAGCUGGCGGAGAGGAUCUGGGAGUGGACGGAGAAGGCAUUGGAGAAGUAUUGA